AUGCAUUUUUUAGGCUCAUUCGUGGUCGCUUCUCUCGCGGCGUCGGCCUUGGCUGUCUCGACUCCUCACAACUAUGUGAGCCAUGAGAAGAGACAUGCGCCGGCCAAGAAAUGGGUUCGUCGUGGUGAAUUGGCACCGACCGCAAUUCUGCCAGUGCGAAUCGGACUCAAGCAGCCAAACAUCGACAACGGAAAGGGUGCUGAGCUUCUUCAUGAGAUCUCCCACCCAGCGUCUUCAAGAUAUGGCCAAUGGUACUCGCCCGAGGAAGUCAUCGAAAUCUUUGCUCCACCACAACAUGCAGUCGACAAAGUCCAUGAUUGGUUGAAGCAGGCCAGCAUCGCCCCGGAGCGAAUCUCACAGUCUGUCAACAAGCAGUGGAUUCAGCUGGACCUGGCCACACAUGAAGCCGAGAAGCUUCUCAAGACCAAAUACUACCAGUAUGAGCAUCUUGCUACUGGAAACCAGCAUGUUGCGUGCGACGAGUACCUCGUUCCAGAGCACCUGGCCGAGCACAUCGACUACAUCACUCCUGGUAUCAAGCUUCUUGGUGGUGGAAAGGCUUCCAACGGCCGUGAUCUUGACGGACGCAAGAGCUCGAUGGAGAAGCGUGGCUUCCGUACUGGAGCCAACCAAAACUUCACAGGCCCGAUCUACAAGGGCAAGGUUGAUGUUCCGCUGACCACCCUCAACGCCACUGCGUUUGAGUUGGCCCACUGCGAUCAGUACAUCACUCCACCUUGUAUCAUGGCCAUGUAUAACAUCACUCGCGGCAGCAAGGCGGCACCAGGCAACCAGCUCGGUAUCUUCGAGGAGGGAGAUUUCUACGCAGCUGAAGAUUUGAUCGAGUUCUUCGUCACCUUUGCUCCGUACAUUCCUAUCACCACCAGGCCUAAGCUCGAAGGCAUCGAUGGCGGCUUUGCCCCGAGUGUCUUUGCCGGUGGCGAGUCGGACUUGGACUUUCAGAUCUCAUACCCACUCAUCUACCCACAGAACAGCGUUCUCUUCCAGACCGACGACAUCUUUUACGCAACGGGUCUUGAAGGCAGUGGAGGCUUCUUGAACACCGUCCUUGAUGCCCUCGACGGCUCAUACUGCUCCUACAUCGACCCAAUCGACCCGGUCUACCCAGACCCCAACCCUCUCGGCUACCAGGGCAAGCUCCAGUGCGGCGUUUACAAGCCUACCAACGUCAUCUCCAUCUCCUACGGAGAACAAGAAGAUGACCUGCCAACUGCGUACCAGACGAGACAGUGCAACGAGUUCAUGAAGCUUGGCAUGCAGGGUGUAUCGAUUGUCAUUGCAUCUGGUGAUUCCGGCGUUGCUGCGAGAAGCACUGACGACAACAACGCAGAUGGAUGCCUGGGCAAUGGACAGGUCUUCAACCCAGACUUCCCAGCCUCGUGCCCAUACAUUACUGCUGCUGGCGCCACAUUCCUGCCCACUGGUGGUGACCCGACGAAGGACCGAGAGGUCGCUGUCACACGUUUCCCAAGCGGCGGUGGCUUCUCCAACAUCUACCCACAGCCAGCCUACCAGGUCGGUCCAGUCAACACCUAUCUCACUCAGCACACUCCACCCUAUAAGACCUACAACACCUCCGGCAUGAACAACCCACCAGAGACCGUCACCCAGGGCGGCAUCUACAACGUCGGCGGUCGUGGCUACCCCGACAUCAGCGCCGUCGGCGACAACGUCGUCAUCUUCAACAAUGGCAUCCCAGAACUGAUCGGCGGAACCAGUGCUUCUGCCCCAGUUUUUGCUUCCAUUCUCAAUCGUAUCAACGAGGAGCGUAUCGCUGCUGGCAAGAAGACCGUGGGCUUUGUCAACCCUACGCUUUAUGCUCAUCCUGAGGUGCUUCAUGAUAUUACCACUGGAAGCAAUCCCGGUUGCAAUACCAAUGGGUUUGCUGUCUCUCAAGGAUGGGAUCCAGUGACUGGACUGGGUACGCCCAACUACCCUGCUAUGCUCAAGCUCUUCUUGAGCUUGCCAUAA